AUGACUUACGAGACCACUCUAAGAACGACCUCAUCUUAUUUGUCUAAUUACAAGGCGCCAAAAGCAAAGCUCAACAGGGCCAUGAUCAAGCAACUCCUCAAUCAUCUGCUCAAUGUGAUUUUCCUCAAGAGGCCUAACCAACUGCUGUUCAACGUCUCCAUUCGGGCUCACGCAGCCCGUGCUUUGACUCGCAAUUGGGCUCUUCAGAUCGUUAUCACUGCCGAACCCGGGCCCAUUUCCCGGCCCACUGUCAAAAUUUUGCGUUUUUCCAACUUUCAGGGACGCCGUGUGGCAUUUCUGUAG